AUGAGAAUUUUUAAAAGUCAUCCUUUAUUAAAAUUGGUUAACUCUUAUAUGAUCGAUUCACCACAACCAAGUAACCUAAGUUAUUUAUGAAAUUUUGGUUCUUUACUAGCUGUUUGUUUAGUUAUACAAAUAAUCACAGGUGUAACUUUAGCAAUGCACUACAACCCUAGCGUAUUAGAAGCCUUUAACUCUGUAGAGCAUAUUAUGCGUGAUGUAAACAACGGAUGAUUAAUACGUUACUUACACAGUAACACAGCUUCAGCUUUCUUUUUUAUAGUAUAUUUACACAUAGGAAGAGGUUUAUAUUAUGGAUCAUACAGAGCUCCUAGAACAUUAGUUUGAACAAUAGGUGUAGUUAUAUUCAUAUUAAUGAUAGUUACAGCUUUCUUGGGAGGUUUCUCUGUUAAUAACGCAACUUUAAACAGAUUCUUUGCUUUACACUUUGUAUUACCUUUCGUUUUAGCAGCUUUAGCCUUAAUGCAUUUAAUUGCACUUCACGAUAGUGCAGGUUCUGGUAAUCCUUUAGGUAUAUCAGGUAACUAUGACAGGUUAGCUUUUGCUCCUUAUUUCUUAUUUAAAGAUUUAAUAACUAUAUUUUUAUUUAUAAUAAUAUUAAGUAUAUUUGUAUUCUUUAUGCCUAACAUCUGGGCUAAUCCAAUGCAAACUCCACCAGCGAUAGUUCCGGAGUGGUACCUACUUCCCUUUUAUGCUAUUUUAAGAUCUAUACCUAAUAAAUUAUUAGGUGUUAUUGCUAUGUUAAGUGCUAUUUUAAUACUAUUAGCUAUGCCUUUUACUGAUUUAAGUAGAAGUAGAGGUAUACAAUUUAGACCUUUAAGUAAAAUAGCUUUCUAUAUCUUUAUUGCUAAUUUUUUAAUACUAAUGGUAUUAGGAGCUAAACACGUUGAGUCACCAUAUAUAGAAUUUGGACAAAUAAGUACAGUUAUUUAUUUUGCCCAUUUCUUGAUUAUAGUACCUUUCAUUAGUUUACUAGAAAACAGUUUAGUAGAGUUAGGGUUGCCGGAAUCUAACUCUGUAACGGGUAAAUCUCACACAUUCGUUAGUUAG